ACGCCGGCGGCACUCUGAGCGCCAUGUCAAGCCAAGGAGGAAAGAAAAAGACAACCAAGACGUCCCGGUCCACCAAGGCCGGCGUCAUCUUCCCUGUGGGGCGCAUGCUGCGCUACUUCAAGAGGGGGCUGCCGAAAUAUCUCAUCGGCGUGGGAGCGCCGGUCUACCUGGCCGCCGUCCUCGAGUACCUGACCGCUGAGAUCUUGGAGCUGGCUGGCAAUGCAGCGAGAGACAGCAAAAAGGGCCGAGUGACGCCGCGGCACAUCCUGCUGGCCAUCGCCAACGACGAGGACCUCAACCAGUUGCUGAAAGGCGUGACCAUCGCAGCAGGCGGCGUUUUGCCCAACAUCCACCCAGAGCUGCUGGCUAAGAAGCGAGGCGCCAGGGGGAAGCUGGAGACGCUGGUGUCGCCGGCGCCGGAGAAGAAACCCAAGAAGGUGAAGAAGACUGCAGUGAAGAAACUGGGUGGGAAAAAGGCUGGAGGGAAAACCAAGGUGAGCCUGAAGCCGGCUGGGUUUUCAGCCGCUGCGUCCCGUUGGCCGCAGGACUGUGGAACAGAAACGCACCGAUUUCUGAAAGCUCCGAUUUCUGGAUAAGAAGUUUUUGCGUUGGCCUGAGAUAGUUUUUAUUUUUUGGUUGAAUCGAUGUUGGUGUAUUUAGCAAAACUGCAACAGAUACACUUUUAUCGCAUCAUGAGUCACAUGAUCAACAGG